AUGGCAGAAUCAGAACCUAAGAGCCCGCCUCCGUCGCAGACAAGCACCACCGAGCCAACAGACAAGAACCCCAAGCCUCUCUCCAAGAAGGCAUCAAAGGAACUGGAGAAGCAACGAGAGAGAAAGCGACAAGAGAACGUUAAUCCAAACAAGGUGUACACCAUCGACGACCUCGAGACAUGGCUGGCGAACAGCGACGAGUGGACCGACCAAGACACCCUCAUGGCGUUGCACAAGAUGGCAAAAGCGCUCAGGAAAUCAGCCACCGAAAUCGAUCUAGUCUGGUAA